AUGACUUCUCUWGAGCAGGUUAAGGACUUGAUCCUUAAAGAAUUGAAACCUAUAAAUCUAAAAGUUGAGGMAUUAACUAAAAAKUUCACUGAUAUUGGYAAGGCARUUAAAUUCAUGUCGAACCAAUAUGAYGAGCUCCUUCAACAGCUUCAAACGUCCAACGCCAAAAUUAACAAACAUGACGCCGAUAUACUAAAGGCAAAGCAAGACAUYAAGCUUAUUGAUAAACGAGCAUCAGAAGCACUUGACCAACUCGACGAUCUUGGCCAAUAUUUAAGAAGAGAUUGCCUUGAGAUUACGGGAAUCAAAACAUCAGAAACACGAUCGUCCGAAGACAUAGUGGAAUCGAUUGGCGAUGCCAUAGGAAUGGAUAUUCAGGCCGAAGACAUUUCGAUUGCACACCCGCUCCCUUCUCGUGACCCGGAUUCACCACCUAAGAUAAUCGUCAAAUUCACUCGAAGGAAUACUCGAAAUAAGUUCUACGCUGCCCGAAAGAACCUCGCCAAUAAGAAAGUUAAGGAUCUCCCGUACCUGAAUUCUCCCAACUCCAACGACAAGGUCU